AUGUCCACCGCCACCGAAGCCGAUCGAUUCGCUGACGAGAAGGCCGCUGCUGACAAGAAGGCCGCCAAGGAGACCAUUGCCGCUGCGGCUUCUGGCAGGCCUACUGGAGGCCCCUCGUGUUCUCCCCACGCGUAUCCUCGUCUCUUUCCGCACGCCAACAUAGCCGAUCUCAGCGUCGGCAGAUCUGGUGAGCGUCGGGAGGAGAAGAACGAGCCUGCGAGGCGACGACCGUGGGGGAAUCGACCAGAUCCGCCGCGUGCCCGUCUGGAGGACGGGAACACGGUGACGGGGGCUGGUUCGACGCGCACCUCCGCCACCGAGCCUUGCAUCGCCGGCCACCAUCCCCUCCCCUCACACGCCGCCACUGUCAAGAUAUAUCGGUGCGCCCCUCCUCACCGUCAGGCCGCAGGAGACGCGUGUGAUCCUUUAGUGAAGAAACGUGCUUUGGAAUGCCAAGAUAUGGAAAUGUCUGAAGAGUCAGGUGCCACGAGUAAGUACAACGAUGAUGGCCAGAUAGAUGAUUCACUGCAAUCAAUUCAGAAAAUACGGGAUGAAAUUCUUCGCAAGGAAAGCAUACUUCAAGAACGAAGUGCUCAGUGUGAUAUGGACAUCCAGACACUCUUGAGUGAAGGAAAGAUGACACCUAAAGCUGUAUCAAUAAUAAGAAAAUACAAGGAAACUUGCUCAGAUAUGACGGAAGCUACCAAUUCAUCUUGCUCUAGAGAUGGUGGCCAAUCGAUCACUAAGAGGAAGAAAUUGAAGGAGGCACUCCUCCGACAAUGCAAGGAGCUUGAUGAGAUCUGUCGUGGGGCCCAUUGGAUACUCCCAAGAUACACAGUACUACCUUCAGUGUCAGACGGAAUGUACCAUGCCAGUGUACGUUUGAGAUGCCCUGAUUUUGAGAUGAGCCUCACUGGUGGUCUUCGUCCUACCCCACACGAGGCGAAGUGCUCGGCAGCUGCCAAUAUGAUACUGGAGCUUCACAAGAAGGCGGAAGAGCAAGAACAGUAGGGUACCUGAUGCAAAAUCACCUUGUUAAACUCCUGAAUCUGGGAAAGUGCGGGUGGCUGGAACCAGUUGCUUAGUCAUUACAACUUUAAAUAAGACUUAUUGAGAAAAUUAAUUGUGUUGCUACCUUGUUAUUAGCUAUUUUACCUUCCGGAGGUUGACUCCUUGUGUUGUUGUUGCUGUUAUUAUGGUUGUUUAUUAAGGUCGCGAUAAACCCUAGACUGUUAUUUUAAAACUCUAUGAUGCUUCAGUUGCACUGGAAAGCCCUGGUGGAAAAUGAUCUGUUCACUGUAAAA